AGCUGGCAUUGGAGGGGGAGACCGCAGUCAUGUGCUUCUGGCCAUCCUACCCUCUGUCACAGUGUGGAUGAGAGCUUUUUGCUCUUAUCCAAUCAUGCCUGGAAUGCCGCUUGCCACUUGGGUUAUUUCUGCUAUCUGUCGCUCUUGGUGCCGCAGUGCUAACGGUUUGGCAGAUGGGACACUUUUUCUUGGAGUUUGUGCCUUUGGUUUUUGACUUCUGGCAGCACCAGGCUUCUUGUUGACGCUCGUCCUCUCCCUCCCUGGCCCUCUGGGCACCAUGGCCCAUCGGCUUCGGUUUCAUUUUGGCUCAGGUCGCAGCAACACAGCCCCCGAAUCAGAGAUCCUAGACCAGGAGAGAGAAGACGACUUUUUCAUGGCAUUCCACACGCUCCCGCGGCGGAGCGGCCCUCACCCCUUCACCCCGAAUGCAGCAGAGGACGGCGGAGGCGGCCUGCAGGGAGGCGUGGGCGCGCUCAAGCGCAGCACGUCCAUGUUCAUCCCACAGCUCCUGAGCCCCUUCGACGCGCGGCCCACCCGGAGCUCGUCCGUGCAGAUCUCGCUGCAGCGCAAGGCGGCCGACGGGGCCCCUGACGGGUGCGGGCCGCCCGAGGGCCUGGAUGGCGACGCGGGCUCGGCUCCUCGGGGCGGCUGUCUGGAGCCCCCGGAGCCCGAGAGUCCCGAGAGCUCCCCUCCCAGAGCGGCAAGGGGUCCGGGCCCGCAGGUCAACGGUACGUGUGGCCGCCAAGUACCGGGCCCUGUAGCCCCCGACAGCCUCAAGGAGGCCGAGCCCUCGGCCGUCAGGGGCCGGGAGGGCGGCGGCGGGGUCCGCAUCCAGCACCGCGCCUCCAGCGCAGACGUGCGACAGGUGAGGCUGACGCCCUUCGGGGCCGACGGCCAGAGCGGCCCAUCGGCGCCGGAGCCCAGGCGCUGGUCCCUGCAGCAUGUUCCAGAUGCUUCUGGAAGUUCCGGGAAGCGGUGCUUUGUCUUCCAGUUGCAGCAGCCGCAAGCCGGCGCACCAGGGCUGGCCGGUGACUUCAACUUCGGGUUCACUGGCACCAAGGGGGACAGGUUGGUGAGGUAUCCCCGCAUUCGUCUGGAGAGGAGCACUUCGUACCCCACGCAGCCCCGGGCCGAGCGUGGGAGCCCCACGGAAGAGCGCGGCCACCCGGGCCACCCGGAGACGCCACCUCGGGGCCGCAGGGUGGCUCCCGAAAUCCACAGGACCAACUCCGUGGAAAGGACGCCACAGGGUCAGGGCUGCACGUUUAAGAUCAGGCAAGAUCAAAAUGCGGGGCAACAGCAUUUCAGAAUUCUCGUGACUCGGGGGCCAGAGGAAGCCCCUCCGAGUCCCGAGGAGAGUAACGCCGCCAGCCCUGGUUCCACGGGAGCCUGCGCCUCGACACGAGACGACUUCCUGGGACAGGUGGACAUACCCCUUAGUCAUCUCCCGACAGAAGAUCCAACGAUGGAGCGACCCUAUACAUUUAAGGAUUUUCUCCUCAGACCAAGAAGUCAUAAAUCUCGAGUUAAGGGAUUUUUGCGAUUGAAAAUGGCCUAUAUGCCCAAAAACGGAGGUCAAGGUGAAGAAAGCAGUGAGCAGAGAGAUGAGAUGGAGCCCGGCUGGGAAGUUGUGGACUCGAAUGACUCGGCGUCUCAGCACCAGGAGGAGCUUCCCCCUCCUCCCCUCCCCCCCGGGUGGGAAGAAAAGGUGGACAACUUGGGUCGCACUUACUAUGUCAACCACAACAACCGGACCACCCAGUGGCACCGACCCAGCCUAAUGGAUGUGUCCUCCGAGUCCGACAGCAACAUCCGGCAGAUCAACCAGGAGGCAGCGCAUCGGCGCUUCCGCUCACGCAGACACAUCAGCGAGGAGCUGGAGCUGGAGCCCGGCGAGGGCGGAGACGGCCCUGAGCCUUGGGAGACCAUUUCGGAGGAAGUGAGCGUCAGUGGAGACUCCCUCAGCCUGGUGCUGCCUCCACCACCAGCCUCGCCCGUGUCUCGGACCAGCCCCCAGGAGCUGUCUGAGGAACUGAACAGACGGCUUCAGAUCACUCCAGACUCCAGUGGGGAGCAGUUUGGUUCUCUGAUUCAGAGAGAGCCUUCCUCGAGGUUGAGGUCCUGCAGUGUCACCGACGCAGUCGCAGAGCAGGCUCAUCUGCCACCGCCCAGUGCCCCAGCUGGGAGAGCACGUUCAUCAACCGUCACGGGUGGUGAGGCGCCAACGCCAUCAGUGGCCUAUGUACAUACCACGCCGGGCCUACCUUCAGGCUGGGAAGAGAGAAAAGAUGCUAAGGGACGCACAUACUAUGUCAAUCAUAACAAUCGAACCACAACUUGGACUCGACCUAUCAUGCAGCUCGCAGAAGACGGUGCAUCCGGAUCCUCCACAAACAGUAACAACCAUCUCAUCGAGCCUCAGAUCCGCCGGCCCCGUAGCCUCAGCUCGCCAACAGUAACCUUAUCUGCCCCGCUGGAGGGCGCCAAGGAUUCACCCAUACGUCGGGCUGUGAAAGAUACCCUUUCCAAUCCACAGUCCCCGCAGCCAUCACCUUACAACUCCCCCAAACCACAACACAAAGUCACACAGAGCUUCCUGCCGCCCGGCUGGGAAAUGAGGAUAGCGCCCAACGGCCGGCCCUUCUUCAUUGACCAUAACACAAAGACUACAACGUGGGAAGACCCACGCCUGAAAUUUCCAGUGCAUAUGCGGUCAAAGGCAUCUUUAAACCCCAAUGACCUUGGCCCUCUUCCUCCUGGUUGGGAAGAAAGAAUUCACUUGGACGGCCGAACGUUUUACAUUGAUCAUAGCAGCCAGGUGUUAUGUGGCGAGGAUGAUACCAGAGACUCAGUGCCCUCGUACGAUAGCAAAAUUACUCAGUGGGAAGACCCGAGACUGCAGAAUCCAGCGAUUACUGGUCCGGCUGUUCCUUACUCCAGAGAAUUUAAGCAGAAAUAUGACUACUUUAGGAAGAAAUUAAAGAAACCUGCUGAUAUUCCAAAUAGGUUUGAAAUGAAACUUCACAGAAAUAACAUAUUUGAAGAGUCCUAUCGGAGAAUCAUGUCUGUGAAAAGACCAGAUGUCCUGAAAGCGAGGCUGUGGAUUGAAUUUGAGUCAGAAAAAGGUCUGGACUACGGGGGCGUGGCCAGAGAAUGGUUCUUCUUACUGUCCAAAGAGAUGUUCAACCCCUAUUACGGUCUGUUCGAGUACUCUGCAACAGACAACUACACACUUCAGAUCAAUCCCAAUUCAGGCCUCUGUAAUGAAGAUCAUUUGUCCUAUUUCACUUUUAUUGGAAGAGUUGCUGGUCUGGCAGUAUUUCAUGGGAAACUUUUAGAUGGUUUCUUCAUUCGACCGUUUUACAAAAUGAUGCUGGGAAAGCAGAUAACUCUGAAUGACAUGGAAUCUGUGGAUAGUGAAUACUACAACUCUUUGAAAUGGAUCUUAGAAAAUGAUCCGACUGAACUGGACCUUAUGUUUUGCAUUGAUGAAGAAAACUUCGGGCAGACAUAUCAAGUGGAUCUGAAGCCCAAUGGGUCAGAAAUAAUGGUAACAAAUGAAAACAAAAGGGAAUACAUUGAUCUAGUCAUCCAGUGGAGAUUUGUGAACAGGGUCCAGAAGCAAAUGAACGCCUUCUUGGAGGGAUUCACGGAACUGCUUCCUAUUGAUCUGAUUAAAAUUUUUGAUGAAAAUGAACUGGAGUUGCUGAUGUGCGGCCUCGGCGACGUGGAUGUGAACGACUGGCGACAACAUUCUAUUUACAAGAACGGCUACUGCCCGAACCACCCUGUGAUUCAGUGGUUCUGGAAGGCUGUGCUGCUGAUGGACGCUGAAAAGCGUAUCCGGUUGCUCCAGUUUGUCACGGGGACGUCCCGAGUCCCUAUGAAUGGAUUUGCCGAACUUUAUGGUUCCAAUGGUCCUCAGCUGUUUACAAUAGAGCAAUGGGGAAGUCCUGAAAAACUGCCCAGAGCUCACACAUGACUCUUCAAAGAGAACCGAGUAAUUGAGUGUUCAUCCCAUGACCCUCUGUGGCCCUAUAGACAGAUAUCUUGCUGUCGGAUUCUUCUUCUGUUUCAGAGUUCACGUGCUGAGCCACCCCUAAAAUACGGUGCUGCCCAGAUAAGACCCUGAACUCAGUGGUUCUCGACCUUGGCUACACAUUGGAACCACCUAGAAAACAUUAAAAAAAAAAAAAAAAAAUACUGGUGCCAGGGUGCCACUUCCAGAGAUUUUGACCUAGUUGGCCUGCUGUGUGAUCUGGGCCGUGGGAUUUUCAGAGCUGCCCAGGCGGUUGGUGAGGAGAGCUAGGGUUUCGGAUCAUUGCUCUUCCUUCGGCAGGACAGAGGUCUGCACACAGGAGGAAAGCAACCCCGCCAGCUCUUACCAAAGCCUCGCUGCUUCUCUGUGUGUCACAGAAUUAAAGCAUUCAAAGAGUUUUUUCUUCAAUGAUACUCUCCCCAGAGGAAGAGGAGAGCGCUAGUUCUCCUGAAGCCACAGUGGCUGGUGGGGUGGGACUUACUCUGUUUUCUCUGCUGUGGCUUUCCUUCCAUCCAGCCCUGGCUCCCGCUGUAAUGUAGGAAACAGGCGCUUUGCUGGCUGCUUCACAGUGACAGCCAUAUAUGUGGCUAAAUAAAACCUAGCCACAUGUAUGUUUGAUCUCUUCCAUGUUUUAUGAAAAUAUAAAAUACACAAUUAAGCUUCAAAAUUAAAACCUGAUUUACUAGGAGAGCAAAAGGGCUGGUGGAGCUGCUUCUCUCUGAGCUUUCAUGAAACUCUCAGAUGUAACUGCCGAGUGUCUCAGCAUUAAAGGGCUUCACUCCUCUGUUCUGUCAAAGGUCACUGCUGGGAUAUCUAAAAUUCCGCUUUACUAAGAAUCACAGACCCACCUAAAAAGAAUCUCCUUUGGCCCACACAUCUUCCAUACGACGAGGCUGAAGCCACUGAGGGUAAUGAGGUCCCACAGCUAGUUGGUGGCAGGCCAGCCCUGUCUCCUGACGUCAGAAGUAACGGGAACACUUGUUCAGCACUACUGUGUUCCAGGCGUCAUCCUAAGCACUUCAUGCAUAUUAACCCGUAUCAUCGUCACGACUCUAAAAGGUGGGUCACGUUACUGCCCUCUCCUUACAGAUGGAAGAAACGGAGGCACAGAGCGCUAACGUAAUUCCAGACCUCAGAUCUUAACAUUCCCCUGUUUGCCUCUCUCUCUCUCCGUUACUCCAGCAUUUCUCAAACUUGAAUAAUGUAGGGACCUUUUUUAAAGGGAAAAAAAAUGGCCACAGAUCCUUGAAACCCCACAGGGAUUGCAGGCCCUGGACUGUGACAUGCCAAGUUAAAAUCAACACGACAGCCACCUCUUGUUUUCAGCAUAGCCUGCGGAAGUGGAAUUCUGUCUCUGUCACUGGUGAAAUGAUGUUUGAAAUCAUUAUCAUGAUGAAAACCAAAAAUUGAAAACUUCUUUUAGACUUACGCCUUCAGGAUUCCUGGGUUUCUGAGACUUCUGGUUUGAGAAACACGGUGUUCUGCUCUGCUGUGCAUUUUGAUGUUUGGUGACUGUUAAAAAAAAAAAAAAUCUCAGAGCUCAGUGCGUCUUAUUAAAUACUUUAGGGGUAACUAA